AUCCAGCGAUCUAUAGAUCCAUCUAUCUACCGAUUCAGCGAUGUACCAAUCCAGGAAUCUACAGAUCCAGCAAUCUACGGAUCCAUCGAUCUAACGAUCCAGUGAUCUACCGAUCCAGCGAUCUAUACAUAAAUUGAUCUACCGAUCGAGCGAUCUAUAGAUCCAUCGAUCUACAGAUACAUAGAUCUACUGAUCCAACAAUCUACAGAUCCAGCAAUCUACGGAUCCAUCGAUCUACCGAUCCAGCGAUCUAGAGAUAGAGCUAUCUACAGAUUCAGGGAUAUACCGAUCCAGCGAGGUGUAGAUCCAUCGAUCUAUCGAUCCCGUGAUGUAUAGAUCAAUGGAUGUAUCGAUCCAGCGAUCUAUAGAUCCAUGGAUGUACAUGUCCAUAGAUCUACUGAUCCAGCAAUCUACAGAUCAAGCGAUAUACGGAUCCAUCAAUCUAUAGAUCCAUCGAUCUACCUAUCCAGCAAUGUACAGAUCCAGCGAUCUACCGAACCCGCAAUCUAUAGAUCCAUCGAUCUACCGAUCCAGUGAUCUAUAGAUCCAUCGAUCUACGGAUCCAUCGAUGUACCGAUGCAGCGAUGUACAGGUCCAGGGGUCUACACAUCCAGCGAUUUAUAGAUCUAUUGAUCUACGGAUCCAUCGAUCCAGCGACCUAUAGAUCCAUCGAUCUACCAAUCCAGCGAUCUAUAGAUCUAUCGAUCUACGGAUCCAUCGAUCUACCGAUCCAUCGAUCUCCCGAUCCAGCGAUGUAUAGAUCCAUCGAUCUACCUAUCCAGCAAGCUAUAGAUCCAUCAAUCUACGGAUCCAUGGAUCUACCGAUCCAUCGAUCUCCCGAUCCAGCGAUCUAUAGAUCCAUCGAUCUACCUAUCCAGCAAGCUAUAGAUCCAUCGAUCUACGGAUCCAUCGAUCUACCGAUCCAGCGAUCUAUCGAUCCAGCGAUCUAUAGAUCCAUCGAUCUACAGAUCCAAAGAUCUACUGAUUCAGUAAUCUACGGAUCCAUCGAUCUAAUGAUCCAGCGAUCUACCGAUCCAGCGAUCUAUAGAUAAAUCUAUCUACCGAUGCAGCGAUGUAAAGAUCAAUCGAUCUACAGAUCCAUAGAUGUACUGAUCCAACAAUCUACAGAUCCAGGAAUCUACGGAUCCAUCGAUCUAGCGAUCUAGAGAUCGAGCUAUCUACAGAUCCAGGGAUAUACCGAUCGAGCGAUCUGUAGAUCUAUCGAUCUACCGAUCCAGCGAUCUAUAGAUCAAUCGAUGUAUCGAUCCAGCGAUCUAUAGAUCCAUCGAUAUACACGUCCAUAGAUCUACUGAUCCAGCAAUCUACAGAUCAAGCGAUAUACGGAUCCAUCGAUCUACCGAUUCAGCGAUCUAUAGAUUCAUCAAUCUACCUAUCCAGCAAGCUAUAGAUCCAUCGAUGUACCGAUCCAUCGAUCUACUGAUCCAGCGAUCUACAGGUCCAGCGAUCUACCGAUCCAGCGAUCUAGCGAUCGAGCAAUCUAUAGAUCUAUCGAUGUACGGAUCCAUCGAUCUACCGAUCCAGCGAUCUACCGAUCCAGCGAUCUGCCGAUCAAGGAAUCUAUAG